AUGGACAUCCUGAUCAACCAAACCACAUCUCGGGCUAGGCUCUCGCCUCGCUACCAUAUAUGGUAUGGAAAUUAUACGAGGUCAAGAGGACUUCGAGUGAGAAGAAUCUUCCAGGUGAUCCAUGCUGCGCAAGAUGGUCAAUUGUCAACCAACACCUAUGAUUGCUCGUGCACAACAUCGGGGUCGUAUGGCUAUGUGAAUAACAACGAGUUUGGCACCGUUUACCUUUGCCCAGGGUUCUGGACUGCUCUGCCUGUAGGAUCGAACUCCCGCCCUGGGUUGUUGAUCAACCUUAUCAGUCCAUUUCGUCAGAAUGGUGGAACAAUGCAGCUCGCGACAGGCACAGCAGCAUGCCAGGCCCUCGCGAAAACAAGUCCAAGGAAUGCCACGAGGAACGCCGACUCUUAUGAGUAUUUCGCAGAGAAUUUCCCUCCUCUGCCCUGA